AUGUCUCCUCGUUACGGUGCCCUCGGUGCAACUUUCCAACUAUCUCGCCUCUUUCAAGCCUGCUCCCUAAUCGCCAUAAUCGGCAUGACAGCCAAAUUCAUCAGCGUAAUAAUUAACAACAAUGGCACACCCCCAAACAUCUUAAUUGCAACAAUCAGCGUGACCUGUAUCGCAGCAAUCUACUGCAUAAUCACUGCAAUCCUCUACAUAGACGACAUCCUCCCAUUCCUACCCUGCGCAGUGCUAGACAUGCUGUUGCUAAUCGCGCUGAUUGUCGUCGCUGUUAUCGUCGGCAAGCCUCUCUCUUACUUGGAGUGUACGGCAUUGGCAGAUUUGGGCGAUAAAGAUGCUACGUUGUAUGCGUUUACGUCUCGACUCUCGAGUUAUCUUGCUAGUGUUAGUGGGAAAAUUGACUAUAUUUCCUGGAUUGGGGCUUCGAAAGCGAUUUGUAUUGAGACAAAGGCUAUCUGGGGGUUGAGUAUUGGACUUUGUAUCCUCUUUUUCUUCUCUGUUAUUUGUAAUAUUUGUUUGUGGCUACAAAAGAAGAAGGCUCCUGCCGUGAAGAGUUUGGAGUAA